CCGCUGAUCCCCCGCGUGCGCGACCUUCUUCCCCGGAGGAGGCGGUGCGAGGUUAUUCUAGGUUAGCCGUAGUGACCGGUACGCGUUCGGGGAGUUAAACAGGUGGAUUUUCUUCUAAGUCGGACAGUUCGAAGAAAAUUUAUAAAAUUGAAAGUAAAAAAAAACGGAAACCACUUUUACCCGGAUCGGAAAGACGCGUAAAGGAAGCUGACAAGAUGGACGUUGUUGCCGGCGCGUUUGCUUGCUGAAGAGGGGACGCGUAACUGUAGGCAUCCAGUUAGCCAUCUUCCAGGGUUACCAGCAGCUCGCUGUCGGCGAGGAACGGAAGAAAGGCCGAAAGUUAGCGGUAACUGACAAACUACUCCUACUUUUUUAUCGCCCAUAUCAAGCUCGUUUCUUUGGAGUUCAGAGCGAAACGCUUAAUUAAAGGCGCCCCUGUCCUGCUUAGUUAGCCGCUAGUUAGCUCCUCCGUGGUCCGCUAGUUAAUCACCUGAUUUAGAAUGACAGUCUAGGUUGACAAGCGUAGAGCUCGAUAACAGCAUGUCAGGCUCAAUUACAACUAAACAAAAGUUAAAACUCGGAAUAAGAGACGAAACGCUAAGUAUUAUUUAAUUUGCUAGUCAGACUAGCCCCCGGAGAUAGGCGUACGCAUAGUUUUAGUAGCAAGUUGUUGUAUAUAGGGUAAAUUCGCAUGGAGUCGUUAUUUUAAUGAGCUGAAUAGAGAAUAAAUUUAAGAAUCAAGGAGUUAAUACAAUGCAAAUAUAGAACGGUUGGAUAGCAGGAUACGUUAUAUAAUAUAUUUAACUUAUGCAACUUGCAAAGCCACCACAUCUGAAAUAAUCAGCAACUUUUUAGUUACGUUAUGGUCACGCCAUUAAUGCACAGAGGCAGAAUCUGAAAGCGUAUUGCUGCCUGUUUUUUUGUUGUUUUUUGAGGUGGAAGAACGAAAUAGGUGUUAAAUAUUUAUUUUCUUUUUCGUGGGCGCAGUCGGAGACAAGCUCUACCUCUAUUCCCAAAACUGCUAAAAUAUAUAUAUAUAUAUUAUCGGGACGAACAGAAGAAGAUAAGCUUUAAAGUUAAAUGUCCCAGAUUUGAAUGAGAAGAUUGACAGGGGUCAGAGCAUUCCCAGCGUAUCCCGACUGACUCUCAGACACCAUGGGGGAGUCCCACCAGCCUGACUCCAAUGUGAAGGUCGCCGUCCGAGUCCGGCCCAUGAACCGGAGAGAGAAGGACCUGAAUACGAAAUGUGUGGUGGAGAUGGAGGGAAACCAGACCCUGCUGUACCCAGCCAACAUCGGCAAAGGAGACAAGGGCCAGCCUAAGGUUUUUGCAUAUGAUUACUGUUUCUGGUCUAUGGAUGAGACGGACACAGAUAAAUUUGCAGGGCAGGGUGUGGUUUUUCAGUGCCUUGGGGACAGUCUCUUGGACAAUGCCUUUCAGGGCUACAACGCUUGCAUCUUUGCAUAUGGACAGACUGGUUCUGGGAAGUCUUACACAAUGAUGGGCUCUGCGGACCAGCCGGGCCUGAUCCCGCGCCUCUGCAGCUCGCUGUUUGACCGCACUUUGCUGGAGCAGCGGGAGGGGGAGAGCUUCACCGUCGAAGUGUCCUACAUGGAGAUCUACAAUGAGAAGGUCCGUGAUCUGCUGGAUCCCAAAGGAAGCCGACAGGCACUGAGAGUGAGAGAGCACAAGGUCCUGGGGCCGUACGUGGACGGCCUGUCCCGCCUGGCGGUGGCCAGCUUCAAGGACAUCGAGUCGCUGAUGUCAGAAGGGAACAAGUCGCGCACAGUGGCCGCCACCAACAUGAAUGAGGAGAGCAGCCGCUCUCAUGCCGUUUUCAUAAUCAUCCUCACUCACACGCUGAAGGACCUGCGCUCUGGGACCAGCGGAGAGAAGGUGAGCAAGCUGAGCCUUGUGGAUCUGGCUGGGAGCGAGAGAGCAGCCAAAACGGGUGCCGCCGGCGAGAGGCUGAAAGAGGGCAGCAACAUAAACAAGUCACUCACUACACUCGGCCUGGUCAUCUCGGCGCUGGCAGACCAUGGUGCAGGCAAGAACAAGAGCAAGUUUGUGCCCUACAGAGACUCUGUGCUCACCUGGCUGCUGAAGGACAGCCUUGGUGGAAACAGCCGGACAGCAAUGGUAGCCACCAUUAGCCCAGCGGCUGACAAUUACGACGAGACUCUGUCCACUCUACGCUAUGCCGAUCGGGCGAAAAGCAUAGUCAACCAUGCCGUUGUCAAUGAGGACCCCAAUGCCAAGAUUAUACGAGAGCUCCGCGUGGAGGUGGAGAAGCUGCGGGUUCAGCUCACUCAGGCCGAGUCCAUGAAGGCUCCUGAGCUCAAAGACAGGCUGGAGGAAUCCGAGAAGCUGAUCCAGGAGAUGACGGUGACGUGGGAGGAGAAACUGAGGAAGACUGAAGAGAUAGCACAGGAGCGACAGAAGCAGCUGGAAAGUCUGGGCAUCUCCUUACAGUCUUCUGGCAUCAGGGUUGGAGAGGACAAGUGCUUCUUGGUCAAUCUCAAUGCUGAUCCUGCCCUCAAUGAGCUUCUGGUUUAUUACUUAAAGGAACACACCCUAAUAGGCGCAGCCAACACUCAGGACAUCCAGCUGUGUGGGAUGGGUAUCCAGGCAGAACACUGCAUCAUAGACAUCACAGCCGAUGGGGGUGUGAUCCUCACCCCGUACCCGAAGUCCCGUACAUGCGUGAAUGGCUCCCCAGUGACGAGCCCACUCCAGCUUCACCAUGGAGAUCGCAUCCUCUGGGGGAACAACCAUUUUUUCAGGAUCAACUUGCCUAAGCGACGGGUACGUGGUGGAGUUGAAGAUGAGGAAGGUGACGGCAAUGCCAUGAAGAACAGCAACAGCGGCGAGCCACUGGACGGCGACGGAGACACUGGAAGCGAAGUGUCCAGUGAAGUCAGCUUCAGUUAUGAGUUCGCUCAAACGGAAGUGAUGAUGAAGGCCUUGAGCAGCAAUGACCCCAUGCAAGCUGUGCUGCAGGGCCUGGAGCGGCAGCACGAGGAGGAGAAACGCUCCGCCCUGGAACGGCAGCGCCAGAUGUACGAGCAGGAGCUGCAGCAGCUGCGCAGGCGCCUGACGCCCGACAAGCAGUCGCUGUUGAGCCCGCAGUGGUCGCAGCAGCACUACCGCAGCAUGGAGAGACUGAGCCUGGGUGGGGGUUCCUCUAUGUCAUCCAGUGCACAGCAGCGCCUGCGGCAGUGGGGCGAGGAGAGAGAGGCGGUGUUGACACGCAGCCUGAGGAAAUUGCGGGAGCAGAUCGUGAAGGCCAACCUGCUGGUGCAGGAGGCCGGCUUCAUUGCUGAGGAACUGGACAAGAGGACAGAGUACCGCGUCACCUUGCAGAUCCCGGCAGCCAACCUCAACGCCAACCGCAAGCGUGAUGCGGUUCUGAGCGAGCCAGCGGUCCAGGUGCGGCGGAAGGGCAAGGGAAAGCAGAUCUGGACCCUGGAGAAGGUGGAGAACCGUCUAGUGGACAUGCGGGAGCUAUACCAGGAGUGGAAGGACUUGGAUGAGGACAAUCCUGUGAUGCGUUCCUACUUCAAACGGGCUGACCCUUUCUUCGAUGAACAGGAGAAUCACAGCUUGAUUGGUGUAGCCAAUGUCUUCCUCUCCUGCCUCUUCUAUGAUGUCAAACUGCAAUACGCUGUGCCCAUUAUCAACCAGAAAGGGGAGGUGGCGGGUCGCCUCCAUGUGGAGGUUGUGCGUGUCAGCGGCAGCUUCCAGGAUGAUGGUGAGGACUAUGUGGAGAACCCUGAGGGGGAGAUGCUGGAGCGCAAGUUAGUCUGCAUGAUAAAGAUCUUGCAGGCUACAGGACUGCCCUGGCAUCUCUCCAAUUUUGUCUUCUGCCAGUACUCCUUCUGGGACCACUCAGAGCCUAUUGUUGUGGGGCCGGAGAUGGACCCCUGCUCGUCCCCCAGCAUCAAGGACCCCCACUUCAUGGUGGUGUUUGACAGCUGCAAGGAACUGUCCGUGUCGGUAACUGAGGACUUUAUUGAGUACCUGACGGAAGGUGCGGUGGCUAUUGAGGUCUAUGGACACAAGAAGAAUGACCCAUGCAGGAACCCGGCUCUUUGGGACCUCGGCAUCAUCCAGGCCAAGACCCGCACGCUGAGGGACAGGUGGAGCGAAGUAACCCGGAGGCUGGAGAUGUGGGUGCAGGUGCUGGAGCUGAACGAAAAUGGCGAGUACAUUCCUGUGGGGGUGGUGGCCGCGCCGGAUGUGCGCACCGGCGGCAUCUUCCAGCUCAAACAGGGCCAAUCCCGGCGCAUCCAGGUGGAGAUCGUCUCUGUGCAGGAUUCGGGUACCAUGCCCCUAGUUGUGGAGACGAUCCAGGCCGUGUCCGUGGGCUGUGUGGAGAUUCGCCAGGCUCACACCUCCAAGGGCGGUGAACUGCAGGGUGAAGGUGAUGACAUGGACAGCUAUCAGGAACGGGACUUGGAGCGGCUUCGACAGCAGUGGUUAGCGGCCCUAACCAAGCGGCAGGAGUACUUGGACCAGCACCUCCAGAAGCUAGUCAGCAAACCAGACAAGACCGAGGAUGACGUCGACCAAGAGGCCCAGCUGCUGGAGUGUCGUCUCACCCUGACAGAGGAGCGAAACGCCGUCCUGGUGCCCUCCGCUGGUAGUGGCAUCCCUGGCGCCCCUGCAGAGUGGGUUCCUGUGGCAGGGAUGGAGAAACACAGCCCAGUCCUCUUCUUGGAUCUCAAUGCGGAAGACUUCAGUUCUCAGGACAAUCUGGACAUGCCGGAAGCUGGGGGCUGGGACGCCACUCUCAGCGGAGAGGACGAGGAUUAUUUUUUCGACCUACAGAUCGUCAAGCACGAUGACAAUGAGGUGAAGGCAGAGGCUUCCUGGGACUCGGCCGUGCACGAGUGUCCCCAGCUGAGCCGGGGGGGUGUGGCACUGGAGCAGCGCGUCUACCUGAUCGUGCGCGCAGUGGUGCAGCUAAGCCACCCGGAGGAGAUGCAGCUGGUCUUGCGCAAGCGCAUCUGCGUCAGCAUCGUUGGCCGCCAGGGUUUUGCCCAGACCUUUCUGCGGCGGAAGUCCCUGCGAAGCACCAUCCCUGGCUGCGGGGUCACCUUCGAGAUCGUCUCGAACAUCCCCAGGGAUGCCCAGAGCUCCGAAGACCGGGAGAUGCUGGCCCGGCUGGCCGCCAACGCGGAGAACCCCAAAUCUGCCGACAGCGCGGCAGCCAUAGAGAAGUACCUGCGCAGCGUGUUGGCCGUGGAGAACAUCCUCACGCUGGACCGCAUGCGGCAGGAAGUAGCAGUGCGGGAGCAGUUUGCAGCGAAAGGGAAGGGGAGCAGACGCAGCCUGAGCUCCCCCAACAUGAACAGGUUGACUGGGAGCAGACAAGAUCUUUCCACAAGUUGCUUGUUGGAGGACAAGGGCCGCUGGGAGAGUCAGCAGGACAUUUUCAGGACUUCUCCUCUACUGAGCCGCCCCCCUCUGCAGCCCUCACCUGCAGAAAGCCAGGAGCCGGAAUCAGGUAUCUCAAGACUGGCUGCCUCUUGUCUUUCCCCAGUGAAGGCUCUGGCUCCUCAGAUGCCCAAACUGCUGAAAUCACUCUUUCCUGCCCGGGAUGAUAAAAAAGAGCUUCGCCCGUCACCUCAAGCCCAGCAGCCUAUUCCUCGCAUCAUGGUACAGUCCAUUCAUGAAGGCCCUGUUAAGCCAGAACUGGUCACCUCGUUGGGUCACAGUCCUUCAUUGGAGAGAUUCUCGGACAUGCCAGAUUCUCCACCUUUAUCUAAGCACGAAACGCAUGAUGACACGUUGCUCAGCCCUACCAGUGAGGUGUCAAGCGGUUAUUUCUCUACCAGUGUCUCCAUGGCAACCCUGUCCGAGGUGUAUUCCACCGGUGGAGAGCCUGGUGCCUGCCCGGGUACAGCUAGCAUCGCUACAACACCUAGCAUUGACAGUGAGGACACGGUGAGAUCGCUUAACUCCACCGCUGUAGUGGAUGGGGGGAAAAAUGGAUUUCGAGGCAGUGCUGAGAAAGGAAAAGGCCAUCAAAGAGCAGUGACCCCAGUGGACCUGAAACCUGCUGACAGGAACGGUCUUGCGUCUCCUCAGCCAGACACAAAACCUGUCCUUCCUACAGCAAGCUCCCUGCCAGCAUUACUAUCUGCUGACAGCACGACGAGCGCCUGCAGUUCCCACAAAGCGGAGAUGACAGCGACCUCUGAUGUUAAGCCCUUGAAUAGGCUUAUGGACGAGGUGGAGAAAACAGUUUGGCCUGAAACGGGGCAGUCAGGGAGCCUGGAGAAGCUGGAGAUCAUGUCGGACUCGGAUGAAGCGCUGGACACCACGCUGCCGAACUGGUUGAAGGGUGGAACGCGGGUGACUGUGGGCGUUGGCAAGUGCGGGACGGUUCGCUACGUCGGGACCACGGAUUUCGCAGACGGCAUCUGGGUGGGGGUUGAGUUGGACAGUCCGUCAGGAAGGGCACUCAGUGAUGUACCGUCACUGUCCCAUCUGUCCUCUGCAGGUAAAAAUGAUGGCUCUGUAGCCGGUCGCCAGUAUUUCCGCUGUAACCCUGGUUACGGGGUCCUCGUGCGACCGGAGAGGGUGGGUCCUGCAGCGGGUGCCAAGUGUCCUACACAGGACCAGCGACGCAGUGGCUUGUCCCGGGGGGGGAACCGCAAGUCUUGGACCAGCUAAUGGAGGCUGUGUCGACAUCCCUUCCCCCUCCACACUGGCUCACAGAUCUCCUGUGGUGUUGAUAUGUGUAGACCAGCUCCACCUUUUCUGACAGAGUGCGCCCCGUGGGUUGUCUCCUGCUGUCUGCCUGUGAGGAUGUACACGUGAUGCGCGGUAUGACAUCAAGAGCGCGUUUAUCCGCAAUUAAAUCGCUUUGCCCAGGGAAGCGUGCUCGCGUGUUUAGAGAAAUGGCAGAAUCGCUGCUUUUGCUGCUGAAUCAGAAAGUGAUUUGCGUCUGAUUGAUUUUCCUGCCCCCUAACACUAUUUAACAGAAUGCAGUAUUCUACAGCAAUAUUUUCCAAAAACCUUUGAGUGCAGCUGCUCUCCUUUCGGCUGAAAUUAUCCUACAUGGUAUAAGAACGAAACAGAUCUUCUUACUGACAAAAUGUUGCAGUAGUGUUGGUUUUAUUUAUAUAGCUGAAAAUCCAGAUUGUGCCUUUAAGAAUCAAGGAGGGGAAGGAAAUCUUCUAUCCACACAGAAUGCCUUUUUAAAGACUGAGUUGGUCUCAGGGACGUUUCAGCAGUGCCUUUUUAGAGCUUCAUGGCAAUCCAAGCACACUGGAAAAACAAAAAUCCUCCUUACACUAUCAACUUCCAGCAAAUAUAGUUUGGGAAAAAAAGCUCUUCCUGUUUUUAUUACAUUUCUGAAGGCAUAUUCAUGCAUAGACAUAGAUAUAUUUUUAUUUUCAGGGUGCGCAAAGACCCUCCCCUCCCAACUUGAUUUUACUGAAAUCGUGGAUUAAGGUAUGGAAUGACAGGGAUGGUCAAAUCGAAGUCCUGUACCGCUGAUUUUAAGCACAUAUGCUGGCCUACUGGGAUGGACUGUAAUAUAUACAUUAUAGUAGAGAGACGGACAGUAUGUGUCCUGGACCACUGGGCAGUCCUUUCCAUUCCCCAUUUCCCCUUAAACUGUCAUUAUCUGUGUCAUCUUGUAUUGAGUCUAACUGUAGAAGCUGUAUAGAUGCAGAAAAGUGAAGAUUACCUUGUCCCAGAAAUAGACACAAAGUGCAGAUUAUCAUUAAAAUGUUUGUUUGAAAUCAGAAUUAGAAGCGGCCCUUUAAAAGGGUUAAUAUAUUUACUUCCUUCUUCUGUGAGGGUCUCUGCUACCUGCUAACGCUUGCUGAGAAUUUGAAAUACUAGCCUUGAUUCCAGCCCUCGAUCCUCUCUAGCCUUAACUUUUGGGCAGGUCGUGAUUGUGGAGCAUCGACAGCAAUUCUUUGUUUUUUUGAAAAACGGCCAGAUUGGAAUUAAAAAAAAGUCAGCAUUUCAAAAAUAUGCAGCAUUCUCACAGUGUGGCGAGAGGCCGCGAGUUCAUCCCCUCUGCCCUUUCAAAUAGCUGUCUGCAGAGCAUUUUUAACACUAUCAUGCCUCUCCGAAAUAAGAAUUUCGUAGCUUCAGUAUUGCAUUCUGUUAAAACAAGCAAAAUGCAUCGUCUUAAUCUGCUUUUUUCUGUGCUGAAAUCUAAAAUCAACACAAACCAUACAGACUGACUGUAAUAUAUACGAGGUGGUAGUUUUGCUGAUAAAAUUUUUUACCUAUUAACCCUGCUUUUAUAAACUCAAGUCCUGUUUCAUCAUUCCAUCUCAUCAUAUGUGUUGUAUAUACUUCUUUUCAAGGUAUGGAUUUUUAUUUUGAUUUAACGGCGCUUUAAUUCUAUUACUGCACCCAGUAUAGGAAUGACAUUAAGGACAACAAAUAGAAUCCAGAAAAACGUGCUUGUUUAACACUGAAUCCAACUGCAUAGUAUUUUAAUACUGCAGCUCUUACCAUGAACAUACAGACGCCCAGAUCAAAGAACCUGCACUGCCGCCGUACUACACGGUAUGUAGGUGCAUUUUGCUGAGGGAUCACAGCAUGCUGCUCUAUGGAACGCACAAAGGGCCAAAGCGUCCAUAUGAUCACCAUUAUUACCCGUAGCUGGACAGUGUUUGUAUCUAUGUCGUCGUUCCCUGUUUCCGUCUGUAUUGUUGUGGGACCUUUUAAUUACCAGUUGCAAUCUGCAAUGAAAUGUGUGCAAUACAGGGCUCCCUACCUCUGACUGUUCAUGUACUGACUAAACCGAUUCACCUGUAGGGUUAAUGUCCUUUUUUUUGUAAAAAUACUUUUGGGAAAAGAAAAAAAAAUCUUUUUAACUCCUAAAAUUAAUAUUCUUCUCUAAAACGUGUUCACUAAACGUAUGAUUCCUACUGCCUGUUUAUACAUAUUAACACUCAGGUUGUAAAUAUUUGGUAUAAGUACUGUAUGUAAACAUCUAUUAUAUGUAAACAGCCCUGGAACACCAAGCAGUAGGUUAAGGACAACGUCACAUUGUCGCAGAGGAAGUGGAGGUGGCCUUGGAUCGAGUUGCUCUGACUAGAAUGAGCAUUUUCAUGCAAAAGGUGCUGUGAUACUUACCUUAGAAUUUUACCAUGUGACCCAGACAGCGGGAGUAAAACGGUUCUGAAUGGAUCACAGAAGAGGACAUGCUUUUUAAGCUGUUGCCUGCUUGAUCCUUGAGUGAAUGGUCUGUCCUGAUGGCCUGAUGCAAAUUCCGGCAACCGCCCCAAUCCUUGUCACUGCCCAUACGUCUUGCUCCCUCCCUGACUGCACUGAUGUUCCUGCUGAAAUUACUUUCCAUCUGUGCCUCGUUUCAUAAUCGUGUUGCUGUGCAGCCAGUUGUGUGAUGUGUACUAUAGCUGUACCUACUGUACAUCAGCCAUUAGACAAAACAUAGGUUUAAUAUUGUAUUCAUAUGCUUCAUAUCAAGUGUAUAAUAAUCCGAUGUUCCCAUUUAACACAAUUUGUUGUAUACUGCAGAUGUUUGUCUGUAUAUGUACGUGGGAAUGCAUGUACAUAUGCACAGAGUAACAAGUAAAAGUCCCUAGUCUGCUAACUGAACUGUUAACUGAUCAUUCUGUGCUGAGACCCAAAGAAUACAAUCGUGUAAUACUGUGCAUUUUUAAGAAAGCAGUUCUUCUGGUCACAGGUUAAUAAAAUUUGUUUUUACAGAA